CGUUUCCUUUGACACCGACAAUCUUUACACACAAUAUGAGAUUCUGCAUUGUCUUGCCUGUGCUGGCACUCGUGGUGGUGGAGUGUUCGCACACAUUCAUGGGCACGAGCGUGUUCAGACAGCUGGUCUUCUAUCAGUACGUCAAAUACCGCGGGAACACGUUGUCAAAACGUAUCGAGUAUUUGAACUAUACAUUACCCGCUACGAUCGGUUAUGGACGGACUAUUCAGGGUAUCCUAGCCUACGACAGGACCAAUAGUUGCUCAGCGAAUGUGACCGCCGGUGGGCUUGGUUACCCGUACGUAUCACUUCGUAUGAUGAGCGAAAGGUGGAAGGACAUACGAUACAGCGUGUACAUUUACGCUUGACAAAAGAAAAUGUAUUUAUAUAUCACGGUAAUAA